AGGUCAUCCAUAUCAACAUCUUUCGCGUUUACAUGAUCACAUUACACAACAAUUCUCCAUGAAGAAGUGGAUCUACCCGACCAUGUGGAAAAUAUCGUUGUUAACGGCCUUGUUAUGUAUUUUCGUACAAGUUUCAGACAGCAAGAUGUAUAUGUGCACGAAGCAGGAUUCUCCCUCAAGCGUCUCCUUCAUCACGUGCUACAGUGGAUGCUGCGGCAGCAACUACACAACCCACUGCUGCAACUCUACAACCACGGCAAACAUUAACGUGUCUACAACGACCAUGCCGACACCAGCCCCAUCUGUGAGCAGGUGGAUGAUCGUCAGCGCCUUCGUCGGGAGCGUGAUAGUUGCAGCUGUCAUCGCCACCAUCAUCUUGUACUUCGUGUGCUGCUCACAACGGCCUGUACCUAAAGAUGACGAAGCACACCAAUUCGAUUCCAAAAUGGCGGAAGAAGGUUAUACUGGUGAGGGAGGGGGUAUUGCAGAUAACGGAUACGACCCUAAAAACAAACCAUUCAACAGUUUGGACCAAGACCAGCAAAGAAAAUACUGACAUAGCCUGUUAAACUUUACUACUCAACUUUUAUUUGGGUAUUUGAGUAUUUCCUCGAUACACAUAUGUGCUUUCAUAAUUAGUAUGACACAUUUGAUUAUGCCUAUCAAAAGUUUGAGAGCUUCAGCGUAAAUUCAGUGUUUUCGAAUAAUGUGGCGAUUUAUAUUAGUCUGGAAGAACGUGGUGGCACGUGGUCCUUGGCAUAGAAAUCAGGUCACAAAUCAGGUGAAGUUAAGCAACCUUGGGCACGGAGAGUCUUUGGAUGACAGUGUUAGGCAGCUUGACUCGUGAGAGUUUCUAGCACUUCACUCCUGCUUCACAAGUGAUGCAUGUGUUACAUGUGGUCUCACCUUAGGCAAGCGAGUUUGUUCAAAACUGUCUCUGUUCACCCAGCAGAAAAUGGGUACCCGGUGGGAUAAAGUCACGUGACUAUAACCCUCAAGCGAAUAACAGGCAGUUUGGGUUAUCGGUGUGAUAACAAUCAGAUUGCUUUGGCUUCGAGGAUGCAUUGUGUAUGGAGGAAUCCGCAUGAUCAAUGGACUAUUAUUGUUAUUAAUUGUUAUGUUCUCUGUGCAAUAUUUGAGGCAAGAUGAAAAAGAUAUUAAGAAACCAUGAUUCAGUGGCAUUACUCCCCGGGACAGGCAUCCGAUGAGGGUGGGGGUGGGAGACAUACCUUACCAGGCCAAAGAUGCAAACUGGCCAUGGGCAGAUCUCCCCAAAAUUGAGCGAGAAAAGUCAGGUAUAUUCUUAGGAAUCAAGUGAGACUGUCACGGUCGGAUAACCCGAAAAGGAAAUAGCUUGAUGUACACUUUAUGAGAAACACGGAGACUGGAACCGAGGUGCUACUCGUCAUGUGGCUACAACUUAGAAACGGCUGCCGAAUGCCAGCUAUGCUAAUGAGAU